CCAAAAAAUCACAGAACGGUGGUGGUAAAGGAACCAAAAUGGCGCUUACAAUUGGCUUUUUCCUUGUUGCUCUGGUUUGCGCGGCUCGCUGCAGCCCGUUGGGCGAAACUACCGUCUGUGAAUCUGUGCCCAAUGUUUUGCCCAACCUUGGGGGCCUUGGGGUUGGACCGUUGGGCCUAAACUUACCACCAUCUCUCUUAAUGCAGCUAUUGUCACAAACCUUGGUCCCAAGCAUAGCCCCAGCAUUGGGCUCUACAACUAUAUGUGACAGCAAGCCUAACAUUGGCUUACCUGUCAUUUCACCUUAUGGCUUACCUUUGAAUACAGGUCUCGGUACGAACACAGUGUGCGAAUCCAUGCCAAACCUUGGCUUACCUCUGCUACAAAACUACGGCUUACCUAUUGCCGGUCAAACAUCUAUUUGCGAAAGUACACCCAACUUGUCACCACUGAACUUACCUUUACCUUACGGCCUUAACUUACCUGGACUACUUAACAACUUACCUGGAUCAACCACUGUAAUUGAAAGUACACCCAACAUGUCACCAAUGAACUUACCUUUACCUUACGGCCUUAACUUACCUGGACUACUUAACAACUUACCUGGAUCAACCACUGUAAUUGAAAAUACGCCCAAUUCUAUUUCACCACUGGGCUUACCUUUCGGUUUACCUGGGAUGGGACUAGCUGGGUUGGGUUUACCUUAUUCAAUACAACUUGGAGGCCUUGGCUUACCUUUUAAUGGAGGCUUACCUCUGAACGGUCUUGGUAGAUUUCCCAUCAGUCCUUUCGGCUUACCAAUGAUAUAAAUGCAUAGUAAUUGGUUCUAAUACCACGUAUAAUGCAUACAUUUUAAGAUCUCACUCGCCAUUUUAGCUAUAUGUGUCAACUGUUAUAUUGAAAGUACGAUGUUAGUCCUUAAUUUAAGGGUAAGCCGUACUUUUUUGACUUGACAUAUUAUAGAGGUUUUGCCAUUUACCUCUAUAUGUCAAGUCAAAAGUAAGAUCUCAGAAUACGUACGGAUACGUGGUGUUAGAAAUCAAAAAGCAACGAAAAAUACAUCAUCAUAGUAAAGUCUAAUAAGUAUAAAGUAAGGCAAAGGAUUUUAACAGGGCUCUCUCCGUCACUUA